AUGGACAAUGACUUCACUGGAAACUUUGACAUGGACGAGAAUGACUUCUUCAUAGAUGAAGAUGAGGGUGAUAUGGACUUCCUGCAGCGUGCAGCCGGCGCGUCAGGCGUAUACGUAGACGCUGCACCGAAGGUGGUGAUGGAGAAUAAUGAACAAAUGAAAGGGGAAUGUAGUGAUCGAGUAGCGGAGGUAAACAUACAGGAGCUAUUUCCGAAUGCGGAUCCAGCCACUGUGCCACUAGUUGUAGGUAUCAUUGCCCAAGCGAAACUCGGUGUGGGCGUGGACCUACGGGCCUUGAGUUGUGCGACGAGAAAUGUCGAGUUCACCCCGCGUGUCCGCUGCCCUGCAGCCACACUUCGACUUCACGAACCGAACGCUGUCGUUCAGGUCCGCACCUCUGGUCUUCUUGGCAUCAUCGGGUCCACCAGUGUUGGUGAGGCAAGGCAAGCAACGGAGCUUGCCGCCCGUAUCAUCCGCAAGGCGCUCAAUCUCAACUUCUCCAGCGUCCAGUUUCGUGUCCGUUCCCUGAUGGCACGCUUUGACCUCUGCCAUCCUAUACGACUAGACGAGCUGGCCAAGCAUGAAGGAGUGUUCUGCAGCUAUGAGCCAGACAGGUUUAGUGGGUGUAUCGUGCGGCUUUCUGGAAGCUCGCGGGGUAAUCAGUGGCAGGUUUGUUGCACUGUGUUUGUGACAGGAAAGGUGAUUGUGCUUGGAGCGCGGAGCAGAGAGGAGUUGUUAGAUGCCUUUUACACUGUUUUGCCUAUCAUUGCACAGUACGCAAAGAGGUAA